AUGGGUCCGUUCCUCAAGCAGACAGCCAUCUGGCCUAUACUGAGUGCGCGCUGUGCAGCCUUGAACGAGAACCCCAGGCCAUUUCCUAAUAGUCUCUGGUGUUGGAUCACUGGGCAGAAGUCCCUCAACCCGGCCACUUCGCCUGUGACGGGCGAGGUGUCAUCACUGGCUUGUGGUGCGAGACCAAAUCUCCUCCCGCCCUACCAAAAGCUCCUUUCGACUAGCCGCAUGAGGGCCUUGAAAGGCAAGUUCAACCACCAGUACAUUGACUCUUCGACUGUGCGAGACUCUACCGAUACUGCCACUUUGGCGUUCUUGAUUUUCAGUCUAUUUCUGCAUCCCUCCUGUUAUCAUCCCGUUAUCAAUCCGACUCUUCAAGAUGCCGGAUUUCUCUUUUAUCUCCAAGGCAGUGGACCAAAGCUCUCGCUGCCCGUAUUGCAGACACAGCAUCUUAUCCCAAGGAAAGAUGACCUGAUCACACGGCUUGCACAUCUUUUGGGACUUCAUUGGCCGUUCGAUUUUUCACACGUUGAAGAUGCCGUCUCUUGUCAUGGUACCACCGAUAUCCUGGUCCACAUCAACGAGGUGGUAUUCUACUUCUACGCGGAUGCUGCGUCUGCACUGGAAUCCUUGAUCUGGUGCUUGAAAUUAUUCCCGUCCACCAUCCCCAACUGCGGUGCUGCUUUCAGCAUAUCAGAGCGUUCACAACAUCAUCUCAAGAUCCUCAAUCCUCAAUACUUCAGAAACCCGAGACCUUGCGGAACACAAAGUUACAGCUCUUCAAAAGGGGGAAACAUAAGCAAAACACAGGUGACAUUCCAACGCGUUUUUGAGUUCCCUGAACCACCAUAUCAACCAUUGAAGGAACCCAAGGCGGCAAAAGGCCUGAUUCUCGACAAAGUCGUUAAACCAAAUCAUAUUCAAGACGCGAUUUGGGGACUCCCAACGGCGGCACUUAAACAAGCAGUUUUCGCAUUAUCCGACAAUCCUCCGCGCUUUCUGCCGGGCCUUCCCGCCUCCGGCGAGACUUCACACCCAGGGCUGACUGGGACCAGCCAGCGCCCCGCGUGUCCCAUCUUCUGUCCUCUGCGACUAAAGCUCACCCGGCGGUGGAAUCGACAUCCUGACGCUGCUAUGCUCCUUCUUUUCUGGCGUGGUUUUGAGAGCACAUAUUUUCCGGAGAACAUUGUUCCCUGA